AUGGCCAUCACCAAAACACCCCAGCUCCUCGUCGUUGGCUUAGGAAAUCUUCCUUAUCCGAAUACCCGCCACAGCGUCGGCCACCUGAUAGUCGAUGCACUCUCCUCGAGAUAUGGCAUCCCUCUCGCGACCAACAGAGCCAUGGGAGGUCUCUUCGGCCGUGGUAGCAUAACACUUGGAGAAACGCCCGUCUCUCUUCUUCUCCUCAAACCCAAACCCCUUAUGAACAUCACCGGCCCCGCAGUGGCCUCGGCACUCCGAAACACUGUCCAAAGCCCCAACUCCAUGGUGGUGAUCCACGAUUCGCUCUCCCACAAGCCAUGCGUCCUUUCGCCCAAGCUCGGGGGGUCCGCCAACGGACACAAUGGCGUACGCAGCGUCAUCUCUGCCCUGGGCAACAACACGGACUUCCACAGGCUUCGUAUAGGGAUAGGCAGAGGCGGACCGGACGUCGCGGACUAUGUCCUCUCAAAGCUACCUCCUGAGGAGCGUCAGUUCUGGUGUGGUGAGGGGCUGGACCUCGUGAGCGGGGAGCUUGCACGGCUUGCAGCUCAGCGGUCACAGGGCUGAGGAUUCUGCUGAGUUCUUGAUGCCUCUCACGCCGAUGCCGUAUAUAAGGGCUAUCGAUUCGCCGCCUGGCGGCGAACACGGGGAAGCAGAUUUGGUCCACCAAGUCAGUGCCCUAUCCCGAUCCGCCUACAACGACCGGGCGAUCAAGCUCAAGGCGCCCACGAGUUUCGCUGGUUCAAACUGAGACAUGACACAAGAUGACACGCGACGUCAACUUGAAUAGACUUGAGUGGGCAAGGUUUGACAGGGGCGGGCAAGAGCGUCGGUGUGUUGUAGUCUGUUGUAGUGUGCCGUGUGGUGGUGUUCCUGGCGUAGAGUGUGGUACAUAAGGGUACAUACGGUCCCGAUACUGGAGUUUGUGCUGGCUUCUACAAGCCAUCAAU